GGGAUCAGCUCGGAGGAGCGCCCGAAGCGGCCGCUGACGGCCUAUUUCCGCUUCCUGAAGGAAUACCGUCCUGCUUUUAGGCAGAAUAAUCCAGAAAUCAGCAACAUGGAUCUGGUUAAAAAAAUGGCAGGUGCUUGGAAGGAGUUACCAGCAUCACAGAAGCAGGCUUAUGAGGAAGCUCGAAAGUCAGACUGGAAAAGAUACGAAGAGCAGUUGGCUGCAUAUAAAGCCCAGCUAACUCCGGCCCAGGCUGAGGCUUUGAGAGAAGAAAGGAGAAGGCGACUGGCAAAAAGAAGAUCGUUCAGGAAAAAAAGAGAAUUGACUGUGCUUGGAAAACCUAAAAGACCUCGUAGCGGCUUCAACAUUUUUGUGUCAGAAAACUUUCAAGAAAGUGAGGGAAUUUCGCCUGCGGCAAAGCUGAAGCAAUUAUUUGGCGUGUGGCAAAAAAUGUCCAGUUCUCAAAAGCAGCCGUACCUCCAGCUUGCCGAAGACGAUAAGGUUCGGUACGAAAACGAAAUGAAGUCUUGGGAAACAAAAAUGGUUGAGCUCGGACGCGAGGACCUGAUACGUUCCACAAAGCAAAGGUCACAAAAGAAAACUUCAGCAUUAGCACUGAAAUUUGGAGAAGUGGAAAAGGUGAUCAGGUAA